AUGCAGUCAAUUCUACUUGUCGUCCUGGGUAGCUUCACAGCGGUCUAUGUCUUCCUUCGUCUCGUCCUCUAUCUUACCCAGGAUAGGAGAGAGCCACCAGCGAUAUUGACUGGGAUACCCUUUAUUGGCCCCUUAGUUGGAAUGAUCAGGGAGAGAUCGGAUUUUCAUGUUCGCCUAAGAGACACAUACAAGCUCCCAAUACACACUCUCAGGCUGCCAUUUUCACGAAUCUACGUGGUGAACUCUAGAGAACUCAUUCCGGCUCUGCAGAAGCAAUAUCGUUCCAUCAGCUUUGCGGCUAUUUCUGCGGAUGCUGGCUUUAUUGUUGGCAUUAGCAAGCAAGGGAACGAAUUGCUGCAUCGGGAUCUGACCAGCGAGCAUGGAUUCAGUCUCACUUGGCCCAAGUAUAUAAUGACGGCAAUGGGACCUGGGAAGGAGCUUGAUUCGAUCAACAGGAGGUCAAUACAGGUAUUUGCCCAAGACAUGGAUGAACUGAGGGCCAAUGGCACCGCAGUUAAAACAGGCUUGAUGGAGUGGGCGAGAGGCAUCAUGAUCAAGUCUACAACAGAAGCUGUCUGGGGGCCUCAGAACCCAUACCGUGAUUCUUCGAUUGCAGAAGCGUGGAAGACGUUCGAAAAGGGCUUCUUGACCCUAUCUGUCUUUCCAUUGGCUUCAGUCUUCUUCCCAAAGCUCUAUCGGGCGCGUGAACUAGCAACCGCAGCCCUGGUUGACUACACUCGGAAGGGUGGGUAUAAGACCGCGUCGGGGCUCGUUCGAAUGCGCUUCGAGCAUCACGUCAAACAGUGGGGACUUAGCCUGGACGACUUUGGUCGUGGCGAACUCGGUAACACAUUUGCAGUGCUCGGUAACUCGACGCCGUGCGCAUUAUGGUUUCUUUUUCACAUACUUUCAGAUAAAAAGGUCUUGGAUGAUGUUCGGAAAGAGGUUUCAGCUAUGGUGACAGUCAACGAGGACGAUGACUGCAACUGUAUUGACCUGGCUGCUAUCCGGAAGGCAUGUCCAAUCCUCCUGAGCACCUUCCAAGAAACUCUACGCGUCCAUUCUGUCAACCCAGGAGUACGCAUGGUUCUCGAAGAGGUCCUUCUUAACGAUGAGAUUCUCCUUAAGAAAGGUAGCCUUCUCAUGAUUCCGACUCCAGUCCAGCAUACAGAUACCUCAGCAUGGGGACCAGAUGUCAACACAUUUGACCAUCUGCGUUUUGCUAGGAAGCCAGGGCAAAGGAAACAUGAUCGGGUGGCCUUCCGAUCUUUUGGUGGUGGCCACGUCUUGUGUCCAGGGCGGCACUUCGCAAGCACCGAGAUAAUGGCCCUCGCAGCAUUACUAGUGCUCCAGUUCGAUGUUGUGGCCACAGGAAAUGGGGGUGCAUGGAUUGAGCCAACGUCCAAGAACUCGCCGAUUCAGGCAGGAUUCGCUGUUCCAGACAGCGAUAUUGAUGUUGAACUUCGGCCCAGAGACCCAACCAGAAAGUGGCGAGUCACUUUCACGGGUUCAGAUGAAGCCAUAGGCAUUGUUUCUGAGGACAUCGAGCAUUCCGGAAACUGA